CUUCUGAUGAGGUUUCCAUAUCUCCAAAGCAAUGUAGUCGCAUUCCGCUUUCUGCACACAAAUCUCUUCUCUUUCCCGUCUUGCGGAACUCACAGCACCGGUUUAUCUGACAGAUCGGCGGUAUUUAAAGGCCGCGCAGUUUGGCAGAUGGGUUUUUUUCUCUGAGAAGCGAUGUCGUUUUAGCACAGUAUUAGGAAUGUAAAACCAGCACCUUAAAGGUUUUGUUCAACGCUUAAGUUCACCUAAAUAACAUUUUGUUUGUUUAAUUUCGUUUGUGAAAUCAUGUCAGCCGCAGAAGGCGCUGAAAACACUCGCAGUUUGGACCAGCUGAAUAAAUUCGAGAAACUGUCAGGGAGGCCUCCACUCAGAGUAGCAGGCUCAAAGAAGAGAGUACGGUGGCUUCAGGCUCGACGCAUCUUCAGCCAGCCUUGCCCCAGCCUGCGGAUCCCUAACAGGUUUUUGAGAGAAGGUCACCGCGCACCCCCCGCCCGAAGCGGACACCGCUGCGUAGCGGACAACGCUAACCUGUACGUCUUCGGCGGCUACAACCCGGACUACGACGAGUCGGGCGGCUCGGAGAACGAGGACUACCCGCUGUUCCGCGAGCUGUGGCGGUACCACUUCGCCACGGGCACCUGGCAGCAGAUCCGCACCGAGGGCUACAUGCCCACGGAGCUGGCCUCCAUGUCCGCUGUCCUACACGGGAACAACCUGCUGGUGUUCGGCGGUACGGGGAUCCCUUUCGGCGAGAACAAUGGGAACGACGUCCACGUCUGCAACGUCAAAUACAAGCGAUGGUCUCUGCUCAACUGCCGGGGGAAGAAGCCCAACAGGAUUUAUGGACAGGCCAUGGCCAUUAUCAACGGCUACCUGUACGUGUUCGGAGGCACGACGGGAUACAUCUACAGCACAGACCUGCACAGGCUGGACCUCACCACCCGCGAGUGGAUUCAUCUCAAGCCCAACAACCCGCCCGACGACCUCCCGGAAGAGCGAUACAGACAUGAAAUAGCACACGAUGGGCAGAGGAUAUUUAUCCUGGGAGGCGGAACUUCCUGGACGUCAUAUCCUUUGGACAAGAUUCAUGCCUACAACCUGGAGACAAACUCGUGGGAGGAAAUCGCCACCAAGCCGCAUGAAAAACUAGGGUAUCCAGCUGCGAGGAGGUGUCACAGCUGUGUACAGAUACGCAACGACGUGUUCAUCUGCGGAGGCUACAACGGGGAGCUGAUCCUGGCCGAUCUGUGGAAGAUCAACCUGCAGACCUUCCAGUGGACCAGGCUGCCCGCGGUCAUGCCCGAGCCGGCCUACUUCCACUGUGCUGCUGUAACCCCGGCCGGCUGCAUGUACAUCCACGGCGGCGUGGUGAACAUUCACGAGAACAAGCGGACUGGCUCCCUGUUUAAGAUCUGGCUGGUGGUGCCCAGCCUGUUGGAACUGUGCUGGGAGAGGCUGCUCCGGUCUUUCCCCCAGCUAGCUCACCUCUCCACCAUGCAGCUGCUCAACCUGGGCCUGACGCAGGACCUCAUCGAGCGUUUGAAAUGAGGGCCCCCGGCCCCCGGGCCCCGGGGCCGCGUGACUGAACGAAGAGCUCCGGCUCCAGACCCCGCCCCAGCCCCGCCCCGCCCCGCCCCUGCCGAGAUCUCUUAAUGUAGCCCGCCUUAAAACCAAAACGUUGGAUGCCUUUUUAAUUUCCAUUUUAUUUUUUUCGGUUUUCCUUUUGUUUGCACUUUGAAAGAUGCUUUUAAACCCCAACGGAAUCUUGUUUUUAAGUCCGGUUUUAUCGACACUGUGUGAGGAGAGAAGAGCCCCAUCUGCCCAGCUCGCCCCCAAGAUUUACCCCGAGAGUGCUGGACUCAGAAGCCAAGUUGAUUAUUCUGCUGUUUGUGUGUGUGUGUGUGUGUGCCUCUGCAUGGUGCAGGUUUGGUAAAGGUUGGAUUCAAACUCUUAAAAUUCCCCCUUCCUUUUUAGUUCGUAUUUUUGAGUUUUACAACAACAUCCUUAUUAAGAUAUUUUAAUAUUCAUGAAGGAGACAUCUGGUCAGAAAUAAGAUAAAAUGUGCAGAGAAGGAUGUGUCAUGUGUUUUCAAGUGCUCGCAUGAACUGUUUUAUCACUUGACUAGCAUUGUCCCGUGUCCUUUAUAGGAUCUCCAGUUUUCCUUUUAUUUUUUUCAAAUAAAAUCAGACUUUUGGUUUUCAAUCUUAAGAGUAGUUUGCCAGUAUCUUCUCAUUUGAACGUACCAUUUGAAAUUUCAGUUGGUCAGUUGUUUAUUGUAAUAUUUACUGUCGUUUCUUGAGUUCAGAACCUUGUGACUGCCAUUUCCCACUUGUAAAUCUUUAGUUUUAUGAAUGUCUGCACGAUCAUUUAAAAUAGUUUUUUUUUCCUUCUACAGUUUUCUUUUCUUUUUUUUCCUUUGGUACAUUGGCUGAAAUGCUGAAAAUUUGAAAGGAAGUGCAUUCUGAUUGGCUAAAUUUUGUGAAGGAGUUAAUAUUUAUGAUCUUUAAUCCCCUUUGCCGCUGUGUUGGGCUGGACUGAGGGACGCAGGUCCUCAAAGGUCAAUAAAAACACAAAUCAAGCCCCUGAGUCUCAAACUCCCGCCCCACGAUUUCUCCGUACUCUGUUUUGCCCCGCCCGUUUCCAGUCUUCCUCGAGUAUACCUUCAGAUUACUUACUUGUACAGCCAUCUACACACCAGAUGUUACUUCACUGUGAAUAUGGUGCUUAAGUCUUUUUUAAAAUGUGAAAUUAAUUUUUCUUUUUUAUUAUCUGCCUAUAGUCUGAAACACUGACCAGUUAUUUUUACUUAUCAGGCCUAUCCUAGUGCAAUGAUUUAUAUCCAUUUAAACAAGAAACAUGAUAUUCCUUUAGAAAUUCAGUGCCUUUUUUCAAUAACUAAUUUUAACAGUAAUGAAGUAACUUUCUUUUUUUAUGCAACAGGGUGAUAUUUAAAACAAUUAUUGGCUCUCUUGAGAAGGCCCCAAAAAGAGUAAAUCAUUUUAAAAUUCAUGCUACGGUGUCCAAAAUGAAGGAUGAGGUCCUUUAUAAAUUUCAAAAAUGGCAUCAGUUUGUCUGCUACUUCAUGUACAUAGAAUGUAGUGUAUUCUGAUCCCUGAUUGGGCAUGAACGAUGACCCUGAACAUGUGAUCAGAGGCUACCCGUUCAAAUGAACGAACCAAACCUUGGCACCAUGACUUUCUCGUAUCCAUGGCGCCAUUUUAAAUUGUAUUUCAAAUUUGUUCUGCACCGCCCACCUUUCAGAAAUUUGAUUUUGAUUACUUUUGUGGACAUACCUUUGUGAUUUUUUUUCCUCAUCUCUCAUCUUGUUCAUAUUUUUUUAAUUCUAAGGGUUAAUUCCAAAGGAUUGCCUUUAUCAAGUUUUAAAAACAGUGUGAUGACAUUUCUAUGGAACUUGUGUAAAAGCCUUUUACGGAUUAAAUUUUAAUUGUCCUUUAUAAUUGUGUUGGCCUCAUCUAGUGAGAUUAUUAUUCUAUUGGGUGAAAAAUUUUAUUCUGCGUACAUUUUUAGGCAUCCUUUCAUUUAUUUUCUGGACUUCAUUUCAAAAUAUUUAUUUUUAAUGUCUGGACUUUUAAGAAAGUUUGUUUUGCCUUGUUGGAAGAAUUGGGAUUUAAAUUUGUCUUUGGGAUGGGGUGGGGCGAUGACUGGUUUCCUUUUUAAGGAAACCUAUUUAAUUAUUUGUUUGUGGAACAUCUUAAACCAUCUCUGUGGGCCUGUACAGUUAGGGCCACUAUUUGCAGUGGUCUGGUCGUCAGAAAACAAAAAAAAAACUUGAGCAAAUUGUGUAGAAAAACACAAUUUUUCAUAUAAACUGCUUUAUUCAAAGUUAAUGUUCCCCCUGUGCUGCAGUACAUAACAUAGGUCAAAGGUCACUGGGUGGAUGUUGUAUGGAGAAGGGAUAACUAUGUAAUGCCAAAUAUGUCAGCACACGACGAUGUUGACGUGGAGGAUAUUUGGGGCCUUAAAAUUCCCUUUGCCAUUCAAAAACAACUUUAAAAAUCCGACACUGUUCUUAAACACCACAUCCCUCUCACCAUGCGUAUAUAUAUAAAAAAAAGUGUUGAUAAAGAAGUUGUCUAGUCUGCACGUUAGUUCUUAGAGUAGCUGCUCAAUGGGUGAAUCCGUAAAGGGGAUGCCACACUGAGUUUGUUUCCCCUGAACCCUUACACCAGCAUAGUUAACAAGCUAACGUAAGACACUUUGAACACAAGGUUCUGACGAGGGGAACCAAACUCGCGUCUUUGUCCCAUUUCUCAACGGAAGUACUGUAUGUGUUCCCAAACCCUUUCCUCUAGCACUUUUUAAAUUGAAAAAAAAAAAACAUUUUUGGGGACAGCAGUUUUUGUUCGCUUGGCUACUAUAUGGUUAGGGAUCGCACAUGCCGAAUUCUGUGCCUGACCUUUGACUUCCUUUGUUCAUUUCCCCUCUCCUUUUAAUUUGUGCAUGUGACAAGAGACUGGUGUGCAUGAUGUCAUAAUUAACCUUUUUCUGUUGGAGGGGAGGGGCUUCUGGGAUCAAGUCACUGCUGUACAAACAAGGCAGUCACUACUUACCUGUAUGUGUAACUGUUUUCAUUGUUGAUGAAUCAAUAAACUUGUACUGUAAAUGGUUA